ACUUGUCAAUUUCCCCCAACUCUCUCUUGAAGAAGAGAGAGAGACAGGAUAGGAAGCAUCCAAAUAAUAAAUAAAUAAAAUAGUGUCUUUGGUCCAAGAAAUAAUUUUUUGGUUUUGGUCCAAGAAAGAAUUGUUAACCAAAUCCAAAGGGAGUUGAAGAAACCCCAAGAUUUAGAAUACUUUAUUGACUUUCAAGAAAAUCAAAAGCCAGUUUGAACUUGUAUAAUUUACAUGGAAAGCUCUUAAUUUCUUCUCUUCUUCCACCAACUUGGAAAGCACUUACUUUUUCUUCUUAUAAGAAGAGUCUAAAGGGUUGAACAAAAUCAGGACCCCAUCUUCUCUUUUUUUUAUUUGAAUCAUAAACCAACCAAGAAAACCCCAUUUCCUAUCUAGGAGUUUAGUGGCUGUUCCUCGACUCUGGGAGUUAAAAAUUGAAUCUUGGAAAUUCUGUCAAAAUUUGUGAAGAGGGGGGGAAAUGAAGUGUUUUUUUUACUUCAAGGAUAGGCACAGAAAUAGGGAAAGAAAAUCAGCACCAGUGGUACUUCAAGAUCAGAGUAAAUCAGAUAUUUCAGGUGGUGGUGCAGAAAGGGUAACUAAGUCUUCAUGUUCAACUUCUUCUGCACGUAGCUUCUCUGAUGUGUAUGAAGGGAAAGGUCAGAAUUUGAGGGUAUUCACAUUCUCUGAGCUUAAACAAGCAACUAAUAAUUUUAAUAGGUUACUUAAGAUUGGUGAAGGAGGUUUUGGAUGUGUAUACAAAGGUAACAUUAAGCCUGCUGAUGGAAAAGGUGAAUCAACUAUUGUUGCCAUUAAAAAACUCAAUAGAGAUGGUUAUCAGGGUCAUAAACAAUGGGUAGCAGAAGUGCAAUUUCUGGGAGUGGUAGAUCACCCAAAUCUCGUCAAACUAAUUGGAUAUUGUGCCGUUGAUGGGGAAAGAGGUAUUCAGAGGCUACUUGUGUAUGAAUUCAUGUCAAAUAGAAGUCUAGAAGAUCAUCUUUUCAGUACAGCCUUUCCAGUUCUUUCUUGGCAAAGAAGACUGCAAAUGGCGCUUGGAGCAGCUCAGGGACUGGCUUAUUUGCAUGAAGAAUUGGAAGUUCAGGUGAUAUAUCGUGAUUUCAAGUCAUCAAAUGUGCUAUUGGAUGAUGACUUCAAGCCAAAGCUUUCAGACUUUGGGCUUGCCAGAGAGGGUCCAACUGGCAUGCACACACACGUUUCCACAGCGGUUGUGGGGACAUGGGGGUAUGCAGCACCUGAUUACAUAGAAACAGGACAUCUCACAGCUAAGAGUGAUGUGUGGAGUUUUGGUGUUGUAUUAUAUGAGAUCCUAACCGGUCGACGGUCCCUAGAAAGGAACAGACCAAAAUCAGAACAUAAACUUCUGGAUUGGAUUAAACGUUACCCUGCUGACGGCAGGAAAUUUGGUAUGCUCAUGGAUCCAAGGCUGGAAAAUCAGUAUUCCAUCAGUGCAGCUCGAAAGCUGGCAAAGUUAGCUGACACCUGUUUGUUAAAAUCUGCAAAAGAUCGACCCAAGAUGAGUCAGGUUGUAGAAACUCUGAAGCAGAUCAUUCAGAUUUCCGGUGAAAAUAGCUCCUCCACAGACACAAGUUUCCAGAGUGUCGACGAUGAUCCUGUUGUAGAGGAAAAGCCAAAGCAGACAGGAGACACAGAAUCAGCGAAAAGACGAAUGGCUCACUUGGCUAAACUUAGUGAACAUGUUGGUGGAAUAAGCAGAAGAAGAUUCCUGUUCAUGCAGAAGGGUAAAACUACAUAGAAUAAGUUAUUUUUUCCUCCAUAUCAGAUAUCAAUAUGUUGAAAAUUCUGGUUUUACUGAAUGUGAGUGAAAUAUAUAGCAAGUACUAAUUAACUUAGCGUGUAAAUGAGGCAUUGCCAUUUCGACUCAUUAGUGGCUAUAACUAGAGGCAACAAUCUGUAGCAUUGAGUUUUUCUAUGCCUUGGGUGAUAGAAAUGAGAAUUCAUGAGGCGUAGUCAUUAUUGUGGUGGC